UUUAAUAAACAGUGUAGAGUAGAAAUGACAGAUGUUUAAUUAAUACAAUAAACAGUAAUUUACAACAAUGCAAGAUGAUAAUAAUAUUGACACAAUAUUAUUCAAUAUAAAGAUUUGUCACAAACAAUUAUUAAUCUUGAAUGUAUUUUGGUGCAAGAAAAUAAUUUAAAGAAAAGGUUAGGAUGAGUUGUGUUAAAUGCUCAUAAAUUGAUAAAUUCAAUAAAAAAGUGCUUUUAAUUUUUUUUGUAUACACUUGAUAAUUUUUUUAUAAAAAAAAUGGGUACAAAAACUCUAAGUUCAAUAGCUGAAGAGUAUUUUUACACAAUUAAUCCUUUGGCUCAACGAAUUGGUGAAGAUGUUGCUGCAACAAAAGAUGCCUAUGAAGGACUUUGGAAUACCUUAAGUUUAUCAGAACAAAAUCAGGCUAUUGAUGAAACUAUAAUUACACCAGAAGUUGCACUAAAAUAUGCUGCAAAAAAACUUGAAUCUAACAAGGAAUUACCAAAAUCAUAUCCAAAAUUGUGCAUACAAACUGGGAUGAAAUUUAUGGUGGAUGAAACGGGUUCGACUUUACGCUGGCGUGAUGAACAUUCAGCACCGUUUUCAUUUAUGACACAAUCACAAAUGAAUCUCAGUUUAUCUGAUUCGAGCGAAGAGAUGAAAUCUUAUUCUUAUGGGAAUUAUAUUAUGGGAACAUCACAUUAUUCAAGUCCAAUGAAAAAUUCUAAUGAUAAUGAAAUUUCGCUCAAUGGUGAUUAUAAUUCAUCUCCAAAUAAUUUGUGCUUUUAUAAGUCUGAUAAUUAUUCAGAUACUAUUUUUUCUACCAAUGAAUGCAGUAAUCUUCUCAAUAGUCUAACAGACAGUGAUAAUUCCGAAAGCAUUUUUUCCAAAAUAAUUAACAAAACUUCUUUACUUCAAAUACAAUCUAACUAUAAUGAUGAUGACGAUGACGAUGAUGAUCUCGAAAGUUUGGUGCCAAUGAGAAAUGCACAAAAAUCAUCAAUUAGUGAUAAAUCACAAAUGAAUAUUAGUUUAACUAAUGUAAGAAAACAAUCUAGCGAUACCACUGAAUCAACUGCAUUGUUAGAUACUCCAAGUUCUUACAAUAGUUAUCAAUCUUCUCAUUUGAAUCAUGAUGAUUCCAUUCCAAAGACUGGAUUUGAAUUUUUAGAUAAUUGGUAAUUUUUUAUUUAUAUUUUCAAAGAAAAUGAGAAUUAAUUAAUAUCAAUCCCUAUAUCAUAAUAUAGAAUCUAUUACUCCAAAUAUAGUAUUAGUAUCAAUGUAAAGGAAAACUGUUUUUUCUUUCUUUUUUUUAAAUAAGGUACAUAUAAUUAUAAAGACUGUUCCGAACAAAAUAUUUCAAUAUUAAUAUUAAUUAGCUAUAUUAUUUUUACAGUAAUUUCUAUUCACAAUUUAAAAAUUCUUUAUACUUACAUAUAAAUCACUCAAGAUUGCUAGUCACCAGUGGUUAAUAAAUAAUUAGUUAUAACCAAUUUAUAUAUAGAGUUUGUUUAAAAAAAAACAUUUCAUACUUCCUAUUAAAUAACGAUAGACAUAGAUAUGUGUGUUAAAAGAAUAAUUAAAAUGUAAAAGAAUAUAUAGUUAAUGUAUAAGAAAUAUGUCAUUUAUAAAAGCGUUUACAUUUUCUAAAACUAAUGUAAUUGUUAAGUAUUUUUUAAAGUUUUGUACCAUUUUAAAGAGAGAUGAAGUAGAAAUGUAUUCAAAAUAA